GGGAGGGGGAGGGCUCCUCAAAGCCUUUGCAAUCUAAUCCAGAAACAGACACAGCUACUUCUGUUAAUAAGAGGGAUUGUAGCAGCGAUAGUGUUCAGAUUGGCCCUUCUGUUGACAUUAAAGGGGUUUCUAGGGGAGUUGAGGCAGAUCCCACCUCUAGCACCAGUGCCGAGUCCUUGAAAGAAGGGGGCGAAGGAGGGGAAGGGGAGAUCGAAGGAGGGAGAGGGGUGAAGAGAGGGAGGGAGGAGAUGGAGGGAGCGGAAAAGGAAACGGAAGGAGAGCAGGGGGUAGAGGAGGAGGAGGAGGAGGAGGAGGAGAGGGAAGUGAAAAAGGAGAAAUCGGACAGCCGCAGCAUUUUGGAUUCCCUUUUCAAAGCCAAUAGGCUGCCCAGCGGGAGUCCCACCCUGCUCCCGGCCCUCAACUUCUCCCUGCACCCCUCCCUGGGCCUCCCCCCGCAACUGAACCCCUUCCUGGCGCGCUACCUCAACCCCUACGUGAUCCAGGGGCCCCCCGGGCUCGGCACGUCCUCGCUGGCCGCCAGCAUCUCGCAUUCCAGCCCCACUCUGGUUGGCUCGCUGGCUUCCGGUUCCCUGCACAGCCCCCCAGCGGUCACUAGAAUCCCCCCCCUCUCCCUCCUCCACCACCCCCACGCCCCCCAGCUGCCCUCGCACCCCUCUCCCUCCUCCUCUCCCCUGCUCCUCCUCGCCACCACCGCCAAGAGAGUGAAGGUGGAGGACAACGAGGCUCCAGUGGACAUGACCAUACCUAGGAAGAGGGAGAAUGAGAGAGCCUCGGAGAAGGAGGAGAGAGGAGGAGGAGGAGGAAGAGGAAGCAUCAAAGUGGAGAACCUCCAACAAUCCUUGCUGGGCAGGUACCCUCCCAUCGCCAUGAAAACGGGGAAAGGAGAGGAGACUUUGGAGACCUCGAAGCCGGACCCUCGCUUCUCUAGGAUCCUCCCCAAUCCGGAAAGCAGCAGCAGGGGCCCCACAACCCGCUCCGAAGAACCCCGGCUCCCGCGCACCCCCUUUCUCAAAGACAGCCGGCGCUCUCGCACCACCAUCCACCCCGAGCAGCUGGACUUCCUCUACGGCUGCUACUUCAGAGACCCUAACCCCGUCAAGAGGGAUUUCGAACGCAUCUCCCAGUGGGUCUGCCUGGAGAAGAGGGUGGUGCAGAUCUGGUUUCAGAACAUGCGGGCCAGGGAGAGGAAAGGGGAGAUCCGUUUCUUCAGCGACGGGACUCUGGCCGCCGUGGGGAAGCCUUUGAUCCGUUUCACCUGGCCGCCCGCCCCCUUGGACGAGCUGCCCAGCCCCGAACGAACCGGGCUGGACACCCCGGGGGUCCUGGAUCGCAAGGUGGCACCCGUUAAAAUUGAGAGCGAGGAUGGAGGAGCGGCCUGCUGUUUUGAGAGCGCGGGGUCGCUCAAGAAGAUCAAGCAGGAAGAGGGGGAGGAGGGAGGAGAGGAAGAGGGGAAGAGCUGUUCUCUAGCUGUAAUGAAACCCAGGCACUACAUCAAUAAUAACAGUCUGUCUCGUAAUAACAACAACAGUAACAAAAACGAGGGUAGCAACAGAAGUAGUAACGUUGUUAUUGUCGCUAAUAAUAAUUCGCUCCCGGAAGCUGGGAAGAUCGCAAAGCAGCCAGGGUUUCAAACGGAUCUCUCCGCGUCUCCCAGCCUGCCGGAGGAUUCUGCGAGAGAGAGGAAGGACUCGGCCAGCGAGCGCCUCUCGGAGGAUCUGAAACCGGAGCCCCUCAGACCCCAGCAACCUGGCCCUUCGUCCUCCUCUCCAUCAUCUUCGUACCUCACUCGCUCUCAGGCCCAGAGAGAAGGUCCAGCCAGGAAGAAAAGAAGGAGGGAGGAGGAGGAGGAGGAGGAGGAGGAAGAGGAGGAGGGGUACCCGGAAGAGACGGAGCACCGCGACUCUGGGGCCCGGCCCGAGUCAGACCCGCUCCAGGCUCAGAAGCAGAAACGUAGGGCCAGAACCCACCUCAGCAAGCAGCAGGUCCGGGUCAUGCAAGCGUGUUUCAAACGCUGUCGAACCCCAACCGCUCACGAGUGCGACGUCCUGGGCCGAGAGCUGGGCCUGCCGCUCAAGGUGGUCCAGAUCUGGUUCCAGAACUCCAGGGCCAGGGAGAAAAGGCUCACGUCCAGCCCGGUCGCCACCCACCAGGGCCAGGGCCAGGAUGGACCUCCCAGGAUGGACUUCCGGAGCCUGGAGGAGCGGAGGAGAGGGGAGGCGUUGUGGUCCAAGUGCCAGCUUUGCGACUAUCGUUUUGGGGAGCAGUCGUCCAGCAGCAGGGCUCAUUUGUUCUCCAGGGCCCACCUGCAGAGAUUGAAACAGGCAGAAGCAGGACAGCCUCAAGAACUCACCCCCUUCCCUCCCGCCUCACCCACCGGGAGCAGCUCCAAGCCGGCGAGCCCGGGACAGCUUCCGGGUCACGCUGUCUUUAUGAUGAAAAGGCACCGUUAAGGCAAGUUUUGAAGAAAAACUAAACAAAAAUAGUAAUAAUAAUAAUAAUAAUAAUUGUUGUUGUUACCCGCGAAUUGGUUUCGUUGGUGUGAAUUCGGGGGGCGUCUUUUAUUCAAAUUCCAGACGCUUCCUGUUAGCUGUAGGUCACGCGGUCUGAUUUCUACCCCAUACAAGCAAAAAACCAAAAGAUUGAGAGGAAAGAGAUAGUGAGGCGAGAGAACGGAUUUUAAAGACGCUCCUUUUAAAGGGAGGGGCCGGUGAUCAUGUGGCUGAAUCACAGGAUUUUGAUCAGCCCCCCCCCCCACGAAUUUUAUUUUUUCUUUUUCUUUUUAAAACCCUCGUCUUUCAGAAUCGAACCGGGCUGGAUUACAACCAGAACCAGAACUAUGCUUCCCCCCCCCACCCCCCCCCCCACCCCCAAAGAACUAAAACCCUGUCUUGGGGGGUGUCGGGGCGGGGGGGUGGAGGGGGGGGGGAAUGAAAAAAUAUAUAUAUACCUGGACCUGCUCAGAACCAAAUCAACGCUCGGACUCAGAACCUUUUCAGAACCGGACUUUGCAGGCUGCGCUGUGAUUGGACGAGUGUGUAAUUUCGAAAAGCAAUCGGGGAGUAUUACCUUGACCCCCCCCCUCGCCCCCCCCCCCCCCCCCCCCCCCCCCCCCCCCCCUCUAAACUCCAGAUUUUUUUUUAAUUAGCUCCUCCGGACAGCCCUGUAAACUGGACCUGUAUCACACACUGCAGCAGCUAGACAGCCCGCCUGUCUGAUUUGUGAUGAAACUUUCUGAGGAGCUUUUGUCUUUUAGCAGCGGAUAGUAGAGUAGAAUCUGGGGUGUGUGGCGGCUCUGUCCGUCUGUCUGUCCGUCUGUCUGUCUGUCUGUCUGUCUGUCUGUCAGAGCGAUUGUUUGUCUGUGUGUCUGAUUUAAGAGUUUUAUUGGCCUGGGGUUGCAUACGUCUUUGCCCAAAUUUUUUUUUAAUUGCACUCUCUGUCUCUUUCUCUCUCUCUCUCUUUCUCUGUCUCUUUGUCUCUCUCUCUCUCUCUCUCUGCAAUAAUUUACACUGUGGUCUGUUUCAAAAUACUGGGGAAAUUUUAUACUAAACUAGCAACUAGUCUAAUUUAUAUAUAUAUGUGUAUAUAUAUAUAUUAUAGAUUCACUUUGUAUCCCUUUCUGAUUCAGUCUGGGCAUUUCCUGGGGACAUUUUAAAGAAAAAUAAUACUGAUUUUGAAAGCAAAACCCUGUGUUUUCAAUAGAGCUCUCGGAAUCAUGUCUAAAGUACAGCCAGAGUGCCCCCCCCCCCCCGCAGCACUCCUGACCCCUAGUGGAGGGAAAAAAUAUAGCAGUAAGACGCACACGCAAAUGUUUCUUUCACCCAUUAGGGGGCAGUGUGUUGCAGGGGCGGAGGGGAGAGAACGCUGGGGGGGGGGGGAGAGAUAGAACUAUGCCUUUCAUUUUAGAUUUCUGAAAAGAUUGAAAACUUUUGAAAUGGUCGUCUGUUGAUUUAAAUAAAUUUAGAUUGCGUUCUGAUUUUUUGUUGGAAGAAAUUUGAAUUUGGUACUCUUGGGGGUGGGUGUGAUGACUCCCAAGUCUGAACUGACUGCAACUGUAGGAGUCUCGCUGGUCCAGCGAUUAGAGAAAAGGGGGUCUUGAUACCAGGAGGUUCAAAUCCUGGCUCAGCCUCUGACUCCCUGUGUGUGCGUGCGUGUGUGUGUGUGUGCGUGACCCGAGCAAGUCACUUCACCUCCUUGUGCUCCGUCCUUCCGAUGAGACGUCAAACAAACGAGCUCCUAUUGGAAGUGACUCUGCAGCAGUUGUUGACGAUGCAGAGUUCACCCCCCUAGUCCCUAAGCCGCUUUGGAUAAAAGCGUCUGCUGAAUGACUAAUUAACAAUAAUAAUACGGUAUUAGAAUGCAUUAGUUAUUGAAUAUAAUGGUGACCCUGGUUUAAAAUUUGAAUCUGUAGCUCCUAAUUAUAUUUUGUGACCCUUUUUCGCUGCCCUUUAAUUGGCUGUAAAUCUUGCGGAGAUCCCAAAUCCGACAGACAGACAGACAGACAGACAGACACGCUGAGCAAAGGAUAAUACAGAGUGAUGUUUAAACCUUAGAGGCCACCUUUUGUUUGUUUGUUUUGGGGUUGGGGGUGGGGCGUGGUUGUAGUUUUUUAGUUAGUAUUUUUUGGGGCGACCUUUUUACCCCAGCGGUUAUAAAGACAUUGAGAUGAACGCACCUUCUGAAUUUCACUGCAGCUGAAAAUCUGGAAAAUGGCGCCAUUAAUGACUGCCGGGCGUGCAGGUCAUUUCAAAUAGAAACACAGAAGCCACACGCGGUAAAACACAGGAGACUUUAUAGAAGUUGUUUAACCCUUUGCAGUCCAUUUAUUCAGCACGUCUCAGGCGCCCAGUUAAUUUUAGACGCGCUGUUUAAAAGUAUUUUUUUCCACAGUCAAACGGGUUUAAAUGGCCCUGCAUAUCAACAAAGCACUCACUAGGCAUCUCCAGCCCCGCCCCACCCUUUCGCUCGCUAUCGCAUUCAGCUAUGUAAGAAAUAAAUAAUAAUAAUAAUAAUAAUAGUCGUGCAUACCGAUCAAUCAUCUCCUGAUCACUCGUUUUAUCACCAAACUCCUCAAUAAUGCGAUCCAAGUCAUUAUUUUAUUACUAUAACAUCUCAAAAAAGCUCUGCAAAUGUCCGUGAUAUUCUCUGAGCGCUGAUGCAGUCACAGCCAGCUUGUUUCCUUAUGACCGCCCCGUUAUCUGAUCCCAGGGGCAAGUAUGACUAUUCAUGAGAUACGCCCUUUUUUUUUCGGCUUGUCUCUGCUCCUGUCGCUCCCACUCGGCCGCUGAAUGGUUUUCUCGGCUUUUUCCGGAGAAAAAACGACUAGAAACCAUUUUUUUUGCGUUUUUUUGAUGAUGUCGGACAGGGUCCGAUAUUGGACCGGAUAGGAAUAAUUGCAAUGCCGGACCAGGUCCGAGAUAGGACCGCAAGGGGUUAAGAUGCCUGAUUUAAGGCAAAAGCGGUCUCGCGUUUUCGCUACAUAUCUGAAUGGAAAUUGAAAUUCUCACACCCAGAGGUUUGCAAAGGCUAUCGCUAACCCUGCUUGAGGUCUUCCGAUAGUUUUGCACACCGCUGCGUGACUUCUUUACAAUAAAAUACAUCGCCCUGUGGUUUCACCAAGCGGCUUGUUAAAUCCAAUCGACUUCCAUUUUAAACCCAUUUAAAAAUGUAAAAAAAUCUAAGGAACACAUUUUAUUUAUCCUUUUUAAUUAUGUGGACUUUUUUUAUAUAUAUAAAAAAAAAAAAAUCGCUAGCUAGCUAGCUAGCUUGCUGUGCUUUGUCAAACUCCACUGAUAAUUUGAAAGUGCUUGUAACAAUUCUCUUAAAAAUCGUAGCUGUCCUGCACUGGUCUCAGAUGUACAGUUCUGAAAGAACCACAUAGAUGUUUAGCGCACACAGAUCUGGAGUUUGUUUUAACCCAUUAAUUACCGUUUUCCUAAUUUGAGGACUGGGCUACUUGUUUUGUCAUUUUUAAAAAAAAAUGUUAAGCAUUUUGUACCUGAUAUCUCAUUUUCUCUUUGACUAUAUCGUGACGAUAUCUUACUCUUAAUUGUGUUAACCUCUCCAGUCUCAACGCACCUGAUAAUUCAGCAAAUAAAAUACCUUCAGAUGCUUCUCUGAACCUCGAUUUAAAUCACAAACCGCAGCCUAGAAUUGAGGCAUUACUUGUGUUUCAUUUCGUCCCCACAGCGAUGGUAAAGCAGAUCAAUUUUCUAUGUGUUUUGAGCUUCAUAGCUGGUUUGAAAUUUCACUGCUCAGAUUUACAGGAACGCGUCCUGAACUGUCCCCCCGCCCGCCCCCCCCCCCCCCCCCCGAGUCUCUCUUUACCAGUCCCAGAUGUCGUGUUUUUAUAAUGUCAAAUACGACGUUUGGAACGUGUGUUUCUUUCAAAACUCCACAUCAGAGAGCCACAAAGCUCAAGGAAGCGUGCAGCGAGAUUUGAUGAUGGAAUUAAUUUGUCGGCUGCAAUCGUUUUUAUUGAAUUUGUGAUUAAACCAAAAUUUGAGGAUUUGAGAUAUGCUCUGGCCAAAAGUUUUGCAUCCUCCACCUAUAGAAUGAAUUAAUUUAGCUUCAUAGAGUCCAAUGAAAGCUGCUGAAUAAUGUUCCCUUGUUAACAUAUUGAAUUCCACACCCUCUAUAUAGAAUGAACUCCUUCAGCUUCAUAGAGUCCAAUGAAAGCUGCUGAAUAAUGUUCCCUUGUUAACAUAUUGAAUUGCACACCCUCUAUAUAGAAUGAACUCCCUCAGCUUCAUAGAGUCCAAUGAAAGCUGCUGAAUAAUGUUCCCUUGUUAACAUAUUGAAUUCCACACCCUCUAUAUAGAAUGAACUCCUUCAGCUUCAUAGAGUCCAAUGAAAGCUGCUGAAUAAUGUUCCCUUGUUAACAUAUUGAAUUGCACCCCCUCUAUAUAGAAUGAACUCCCUCAGCUUCAUAGAGUCCAAUGAAAGCUGCUGAAUAAUGUUCCCUUGUUAACAUAUUGAAUUCCACCCCCUCUAUAUAGAAUGAACUCCCUCAGCUUCAUAGAGUCCAAUGAAAGCUGCUGAAUAAUGUUCUCUUGUUAACAUAUUGAAUUGCACACCCUCUAUAUAGAAUGAACUCCCUCAGCUUCAUAGAGUCCAAUGAAAGCUGCUGAAUAAUGUUCCCUUGUUAACAUAUUGAAUUCCACACCCUCUAUAUAGAAUGAACUCCUUCAGCUUCAUAGAGUCCAAUGAAAGCUGCUGAAUAAUGUUCCCUUGUUAACAUAUUGAAUUGCACACCCUCUAUAUAGAAUGAACUCCCUCAGCUUCAUAGAGUCCAAUGAAAGCUGCUGAAUAAUGUUCCCUUGUUAACAUAUUGAAUUCCACACCCUCUAUAUAGAAUGAACUCCUUCAGCUUCAUAGAGUCCAAUGAAAGCUGCUGAAUAAUGUUCCCUUGUUAACAUAUUGAAUUGCACCCCCUCUAUAUAGAAUGAACUCCCUCAGCUUCAUAGAGUCCAAUGAAAGCUGCUGAAUAAUGUUCCCUUGUUAACAUAUUGAAUUCCACCCCCUCUAUAUAGAAUGAACUCCCUCAGCUUCAUAGAGUCCAAUGAAAGCUGCUGAAUAAUGUUCUCUUGUUAACAUAUUGAAUUGCACACCCUCUAUAUAGAAUGAACUCCCUCAGCUUCAUAGAGUCCAAUGAAAGCUGCUGAAUAAUGUUCCCUUGUUAACAUAUUGAAUUCCACCCCCUCUAUAUAGAAUGAACUCCCUCAGCUUCAUAGAGUCCAAUGAAAGCUGCUGAAUAAUGUUCUCUUGUUAACAUAUUGAAUUGCACACCCUCUAUAUAGAAUGAACUCCCUCAGCUUCAUAGAGUCCAAUGAAAGCUGCUAAAACUGACUGGAAAAAUGUGACAUUUCUGAAAUCUGAAAUAGUACUGGACUGCUAUGAUGGCUUCCGGCAGACUUUUUUUUUUUGCAAUAUCAUUUUGUAGUUUGUUUGGAUUACAUAAUAAUGUUAAAUAAAAAAAAAUAUAAAUUACUAUUUAUUAUUAUUUUUUUUUUAAAUAUAAAACGUCUCAGUCCUAAAAUUCUAGGUAAUGCUAAACUUUUGGCCACUGAUUUGAUGAGACAUCCUUACAGUAUUUAAAAAAAAAAAAAAAAUUUUAUCAGUGAAACAGAAUUUAAUUGGUGAAGAAACUGAGUCGGGCUCACAGUAAUGUUAAAGGGACGUCACAUGAUCAAAAAUAACCCCCCAAAAAUGACGUCAUCCAUGCCAUGAUUCAAGGUUCGUGACUCUCAGCAACUUCUUAAGCGAAUUACACAAUUUCUAGCAAUUUUAUUCAGUCGUGGAGGAGCGGGAGCGGUCAUCGAAUAAAACCAAACCGCGUUUUCAGUCCAUCAAUAUUUUUGUGACAUUAUUGCUGAUCAUGUAAAAGGUGCCACUCUUUGAAACAAAAUCACGCAUGACAAAUAUUUGAAAUGUAUUACAGUGGUUUUUAUUUUUUAUUUUUAUUUUAUAAAGAUGUUACAACUACCAGAAAUUGUCUUUUUAUUAUUAUUAUUAUUAUUUUUUUUCGGUCUGUGUGAAAUGUGCAGUUUUGAAAGAACAACAGCUCCUAAUGAUUAGUACUAGAUGCUUGUAUUCUGUGUUCUAAGUGGAGGGUGCCAGUAUUUGAGAUGAAUCAAAGCAUCAAAAAGGACCGGCAACCGUUUUCUGCCUUGGAAAAAUGGAAAUUCUGAAGUUCUUGAGUCAAUUCCAAAGUUUUCUACGAAGAAAUUAAAAAAAAAAAAACUGCAGACUAAAAUAAAACGCCAAAUAUAAACCAACGACACGAUACUUUGAGAAACUACAAAGAAAGAAAGAGCUUUAUAAACCUGAUCUCGUAGCUUGUGUGACGAGUGUGUUCCAUCUAUUAUGAUCUAUUAUUAUAAACUGUAUUUUUGUUUGUACUCCUCUGUAUGUUUUAAAAUAAGUCAAUAAAUUAGACUGAACUUUAA